CUACUCUCAAAAACUCGCUCCAUUUCUCCAUUGGAGCUCAGUCGAUCGAGCUCGAUUUCAACGAUGAAAUCGACUCGCAGACUCUUCGAAACAAUAAUUACAAGCACGAACGCUGGCAUUUCGGCGGCAAGCCGAUGGUAUUACACGAACAGGCAGGUGGGGAAGGCAACGCUGUACUCGAAGAUCAGUCCAUUGGGAGACCCAAGCACCAGAGUAAGCCAGGAGCUCGAUGGCUGGGUUGAGAGCGGCAAAAAAGUCCGAGCCGGGGAGCUCCACCGCAUCAUUCACGACCUCCGCAAGCGCCGGCGCUUCUCUCAGGCCCUCGAGGUUUCUGAGUGGAUGAAUAAGAAAGGUAUUUGUGUAUUCUCACCAACUGAACAUGCCGUGCAGUUGGAUCUUAUUGGGAAAGUCCAUGGAUUUCUUUCUGCUGAAAGCUAUUUUAUUGGCUUGAGUGACCAAGAUAAAACAGAUAAGACAUAUGGUGCUCUCUUGAAUUGUUAUGUCCGACAGCGCCAAACAGAGAAGACGUUGUCUCACUGGCGGAAAAUGCAGGUGAUGGGUUUUGCUUCAUCCCCACUCACUUACAAUGACAUUAUGUGCCUGUACACAAACAUUGGUCAGUACGAGAAAGUCCCUGAUAUCCUAACCGAGAUGAAGGAGAACAAAGUUUCUCCUGACAAUUUCAGCUACAGAAUCUGCAUCAACUCAUAUGGCGUGAGAUCAGAUAUUGCCGGAAUGGAACAGAUUUUAAAAGAAAUGGAGAGCCAACCCCACAUUGUCAUGGACUGGAAUACUUACGCCGUUGUGGCAAAUUUUUACAUCAAGGGAGGCCUAACUGCAAAGGCCAUUGAUGCCUUGAAAAAAUCAGAGGAGAAACUAGAUGACAAAGAUGGUAUUGGUUAUAAUCAUUUAAUUUCGCUCUACGCUAGUUUGGGGAACAAGGCCGAGGUUUUAAGAUUAUGGGAUCUUGAGAAGAGUGCUUGUAAGAGGUGCAUCAACAAGGACUACAUUACCAUGCUGGGAUCCCUGGUGAGGCUGGGUGAACUCGAGGAAGCUGAGAUAGUACUAAAAGAGUGGGAGAAGUCUGGUAAUUGUUAUGAUUUCCGAGUGCCAAACCAAGUCAUCGUUGGCUAUUGUGUGAAGGGGUUGUUUGAGAAAGCUGAGGCUAUGCUUGAAUUCUUGAAGGAAAAGGGUAGGCCCUCAAACCCAGCUAUCUGGGGCAGGGUGGCCAAAGGGCACCUAGACAAGGGACACAUGAACAAGGCCAAGGACUGCAUGAAUUCAGCUCUCUCUUUACGCAAGGAAAAUAAAGGAUGGAAGCCCAAUCCCAAUGUAAUUACAGGCAUAUUGAGUUGGCUGGGUGGCACAGGUAGCAUCAAGGAUGUAGAAGCCUUUGUGGCCUCUUUAAGGACCGUUGUUCCAAUGGACAGACAGAUGUACCAUGCCUUGCUUAAAGCAAACAUUAGAAGUGGCAAAGAAGUGGGUGGGCUUCUGAGGAAAAUGAAGGCUGAUAAAAUCAAUGAAGAUAAAGAAACGAGAAAGAUCCUUGACCUGACUGAUGACUAGUUGAAACCAAAUGAUUUCAUACUUGGGAGAAAAUUGCGUUUGGUUCCAUGAGGUUCAUAAUAAGCGUCUUAUUGGAAUUACAAGAAUGUUAAGAACCAAGUUCUGCGAUAGGAUCAUGCUGACUAUGACGACAAGCAAUUCUUGGCCUUGCAAAUCGAAUCAUGGAUCGAAUUUGUCCUGGUCUUCUUGUAAAACCCUUCUUCAUGUGAAUAGAUUUUCAUAAUUUCGCCCA